UUAUAACCCAAGGACUGUCCACAGCUUGCUUGAUUGCUUGCUUCAUCCUACCAAACCAGAACAAACUUCCUCAAUCUCCAAACAAUACUAUACACCAACAUCACAACCGCCAAAAUGUCCUUCGGAACUAUCUACACCUACCCCAACAACCCCCGGGUCAUGAAGACCCAAGCAGCCGCCAACUUCAACAACCUAACCCUCACCCUGGCGGAUUUCAAGAUGGGCGAAACCAACCGCGACCCGACCUUCCUCAGCAAAUUCCCCAUGGGUAAGGUGCCCGCUUUCGAAGGCGCGGACGGCACCCUCCUGGCCGAAUCCGACGCCAUCACGCAGUUCGUGGCCGAGAGCGGUCCCGCAGCGGGCCAAUUGGUCGGCAGCACGCCCGCCGAACGGGCGCUGAUCCGUCAGUGGAUCUGCUUCGCGGACGGAGAGGUGCUGAGCGGAGUGACUUCGUUGGCGCUGUGGCGGAUCGGGUACAAGGCGUACGAUGAGGCGACGGAGAAGAGUGGGCUGGAGAAGUUGACCCGGGCGUUGGGAGCUUUGGAGAAUCGGUUGAAGGGGAGGACUUGGGUGGCUACGGAGAAGUUGAGCUUGGCGGAUAUUAGUCUGGCCGCGGCGUUGUAUUGGGGAUUCUCGGUGAGUAUUGAUGCCGAGAUGAGGAAGGAUUAUCCCGUUGUGGUGGCUUGGUAUGAGCGGGUUCUUGAGAGUGAGCAUGUUAAGGAGGCGUUUGGACCUAAGGUCUUCGUGGAGAAGAGGAAGGAGCCUGAGAACUAAGUCAGAGAGAUGCAUGGAUUGGGGCCGGUCCGCGAUCAUGAUUUAUGACUUGACUUAUUAGGAAAAGCAAUACAAAUUGAC